GCUUUCCGAUCGUGACGUCAUGGCGUCAUGCACGUCUCCAAACAUCCGGUCAUGGUUUCAACGUUUCGGCGAACUGAAAAACAGUGAGAUAUCCCUAUGGACACCGAAGCAGCUCAUCCAGAAGAGGGGGCCAAAACGACUGCUCCGGCCCGAACGAAGAAGCCCGCCAUGGAAAUCUAUGUGCCCAAGAAACGCCAGGUCGAGAAUAUGGAGAAACCUCAGACAGGAGGUGACAAGAAAUCCAGACCCAGGCCCCGGUACACCGACAAGGCGCGCAAGAACAAGAAGGAUAAAGCCAAAGCGACAGAGACCCCAAACGGAGAGGUAAAACAGGAUGACGGGGGGCGGGAGGAGGGAGAUAAAGAAAACCUAAACAUGCACGCAGAAAAAGAGGAAGAGUCUAGAGAUGAUACGGACAAUGUAUCCAGAACUAUGAGCACACCAGAGGACACGGGUAGUGCACUAGAACAUGAUGGAGUGCCGAAAGAGGAGGAGGAGGAGGGUGAAGGAGAAAACUGGGAUUCUUUGUUUAAUGAUGAUGGUGACUGUCUUGACCCACAUUUAAUGGAGGAGAUGUCUCUUAAGGAGGGGCGCAAGAAGCCGUCUAUACAGGAUCCGCGCUUCGACUAUUAUAAUUGGACACCAGAGGAGGAAGAGGAUGUGGAGCUUCGGGAUGAUGAGCUGUCACACAUCAUUGAGAUAUAUGAAUUCCCGUCUGAAUUCAAGACGGAGGACUUGAUCAGAGCCUUCAGCUCGUUCCAACAGAAGGGGUUUGACAUCAAGUGGAUUGACGACACACAUGCGCUCGGUUUGUUCUCCAGUCCGAUCGCAGCCCGUGAUGCUUUGAGGAUGAAGAACCCCAUUAUGAAGGUCAGGCCUCUCUCCAAAUCAUCAAACGCUACUAAAGCCAAAGCGCGCAGCUGCUCCGAUUAUCUGCUGCCAGCAAAAGAGCGUCCUCAGACGAGUGCGGCUCUGGCGCGCCGCCUGGUGAUCGGAGCUUUGGGUGUGAAGAGUAACCAGACCAGAGAAGAACGAGAGGCAGAGAGGAACAAACUACGGCAGGCGAGAGAACAAAAGCGUUUGGCUGCUAAGCAGCGUGAAGACGCCUGGGAAGGCAAAUGAAGACACAGGAGUGGGACCUACUGCAUGGACUACUGCCAAACCAGCACAGACUAAACCAAAGCCACAAGAGCAGGGAAACAGAUUCUUCGAAGCGAAGUGUGAGAGCCACACACUUCAACAGGGAUGUUUUAUAAUUUUAUAUCUUUCCUCUCAAGAUUCGUUCUGAACUGUGAACUCUUCCCUGUAAAUGUCUAUGAUGGCUGUCAGUUUUGGAAAGACCAUUUUUAUGUAUUUUUGUUAAAGAGCUUGGUGACUAUAACAAACUAGAUCACAUGUCAGUCUGGUUUCACUUUUAUUUUGGUUUCAUUUUUUUGCUUCAGUAAAGAGAAAACACUUAAGAGCUGAUGAUGUCUUGCCAUCUGUUUUGCUUUAAAAAAUUGAGGUUGAGCAUCAUGGUAGUACUAGUAUAGGCAUAAAUUGCAAUUUGAAUUGCAAUUACAAAUUUAACUACAGUAACUAUCUUAUAAAUCCUAAUUGAGAAUUGGAAAAUAAGUAAAAACAGGCUUUUUUUUGGUGAGAAUGAGAUGACUAUAGUCCAUUGUCAAUAUUUUAUUUAAUCCCAGUCAGGUGUUUUGCAAACCAUCAGCACAUUCUAACAGAACUUUUUUUUUUUGGUAUAUGUUCUUUCAUUACUACUGUAAAUAUUGUGCUGUUAGUGUUUAUCUCCAAAAGGUUUUGUUGAGGUACUAAAUUGACAGACACACCAUUUCUCUGAUGUUGGUGCACUUGAAUUCUCAGCUGUGAUCUGAAUAAAAAUGUUCA